UGAUUGGUCCCGCCCACAUCGUUAGACAGGAAGCUAACCGGACCGAAACUCGUCUCGAGAACAUGAAAUCAGGACAGACAGGAACAUUUGUUUAACAGAGCGCGAGCCACUGGUUGGGUCGUAUCACCGGGGAGACCGUAAACGGCGGCCUGGGGGAGAUUUCCACCUUCAACGUCUGCUUGAACGCCGUGUUAUAUCUUCAAAGUUUAGCUUGAAGGGUUAGCUUGCUUGCUAACUUGCAACCUCGACGUACCCCUCUCAGCUGGUUUUGUUGUGCAAGACUGAAAAGCCUUUCUAGUCGCAGUUAGGAGGUCACCAUGGGGUCCAGGGCGUCCACGUUACUCAGAGAAGAAGAGAUCGAAGAAAUCAAGAAGGAAACGGGCUUCUCCCACAGCCAGAUCACCCGUCUGUACAGCCGGUUCACCAGCCUGGAUAAAGGGGAGAACGGCACCCUCAGUCGAGAAGAUUUCCAGAGGAUCCCCGAGUUGGCCAUCAAUCCUCUUGGAGACAGAAUCAUCAACGCCUUUUUCCCUGAAGGAGAGGAUCAGGUCAACUUUAAGGGCUUCAUGCGCACCUUGGCUCACUUCAGACCCAUUGAGGACAACGAGAAGAACAAGAACCCCCCCACCUCUGAGCCGCUCAACAGCAGGACUAACAAGCUGCUCUUUGCUUUCCGCCUGUAUGACCUGGACAGAGAUGACAAGAUCUCCCGUGAUGAGCUGCUGCAGGUCCUUCGGAUGAUGGUCGGCGUAAACAUUUCGGAUGACCAGCUUGGCAGCAUCGCUGACAGGACCAUCCAGGAGGCCGACACCAAUGGCGAUAACUGUAUUUCCUUUCAAGAAUUUAUUAAGGUCUUGGAAAAGGUGGACGUGGAACAGAAAAUGAGCAUCCGGUUCCUGCACUAAGCUUCUUUUUUUUUUUUUUCCUCCUUGCUCCACACAACACGAGUAGAGCUCGGACUAGUCUGUUGGUAUCAGAUCACAACUUCAUCCAGCUUUUCAGCGGCCCACCCGGGGCCCCAUUCAACGUACACAACAACCGUUAGAUGUCUGUGGUCCUGAGUGUCUGCCUUUGCACUGCUCUGUAAACAAAAGGGAAAAAAAAAAAAAGUUGUGUGCCUUGGGUUGUUUCAUGCAACGUCACCAUGUAUACAUUCCUAGUAAUAAAGCGUUAUUUAUUAGAGACGUUUUUAGAGGCUCACAGUGAGUAACACUGCGGUACUACAAAGCUUUUUUUGUUGUUGUUGUUGUUCUGCUAUGAGUAAGUCGAAUCAUAGUUUACUCAUACUAAUCCAAUGAUAUUUAAUCCAUGCAUCUUUAGAGAAAUAAUACGCUCAAGUUCAAAGUGUUCGAAGUGUUAAAUGUCUGGUUCCACUCGGUGUUUUUUUUCAUGCCGACAGGAUUAAAUGACUCCUUCGCUCGGCCCGGGGCAGAGCAAGUCAGAGCUGCCUGCUGUAGUUUAACAUUCACUGACGCAAAAGCAAGACCAGCUCCGCGGAUUGUUGACUUAUUCACUGAAGUGCCAUGACUAAACAGUAAUCAGGAUUCUGUAGCCUCGAGAGUGUGUGUUGCAUCCACAUGGAUUAAACUAGUAUGUGUUAAUCAACACUACAGUCUAAUAUUAAAAUAUCGUAUUUAUGUACCGUUCAGCAUGUGGAUCUUCGCAGGCGUCUCUGCUGACAGAUACUGAAGUCUGUCUGUAGGACAUUGCAGGCACUCCGCUCUGCUUUCUCAAAGCUUUUCCUCUCCACUAGGACCUGAUUUAACGCCCGGCAAUGAAUGUUGGGAUCUACGGCGGAGCGGAUCACCUAGUUUUGUACAUUCUGAUGACCUACAGACGGCACGCCAUCCGUCUGUUUCAUUGUGGCUAAGAGAAAAGCAAAUGCAUAUUUUUGUCUUCUAAGUUAUUAGCGUCAGCUCCAGAUGCCAAAGGAGAAUCCGCUGCUUCGAGAACAAAUGAUCCGCGCAGGCUGCCGUACAUGAACCAGAGUUUAGGCAUCUGGGAUAUUUUUAGCUUUAGUGUGACUUCAUUAAAUCUUUCUUCAGUAACAGAGCAGGACGAAGAGCUCAGCUAUUUAACCAAUCGCUAUGGGUUCAUCGGUUAAAGACGAGUCACGUGUUUUGUAAUGUGUUUCCGUAGGCAUGUAAGUGAUUCUGAAAUUGAAUUUGAAUAAAAGGUCGUGCCAUGC